CCUGGAGUUGCAUCAACGGAAGAUCACGAGGACCUGGCGCGGGAGCCUUCAUCUGAGGAUGUCCCAGGCGUUCACAUGAAAAGAGUACACUUUGAGGACGACGGUAUCCUGGAAGAUCUGGAGGAGGAUGUGCCAGGGCAGACAUCCUCGGAGGAAGCCACAAGGGUUCACAUGAUGCCAGUGGACCCAGCCACACUGGCGAACGAGCAUCUACUACAGGAGCGGUCCAGUGACAAGGGAGAGGAGGAGGACCCAGAGGAUGUGAAGAAAUCCUCGGGAGUUCCACCGGAGGGUACGUAUUGCGGAGCCGCUCUCACACUGAUGAGUCACCCAGAUGAUGAGGAAUGUGCCACUGCCUCGCUGGCCUUCCCGUAGACAGGCAGCCUGGAGUGGAGCUUCCUCUCAUGAAUGAGGACCUAGGCUGUGAUGGGAGAAAUGCUUGUUCCAGAUGGAGCAUGAUGGUCACAUUCUGUGGUCCCUGGGAGCAACUGCAUUCUCUGAGGAUAGGGUGAGGUUGUGCACAUUCAGUUGUUGCGUGUCUUUUUGAA